CCAAGUCUGAUCUUCGAGAAUAUUGCUCGAGUGAGACGACUCAUGGAUGCAGUGGGUUACAAGGGUCCAAUAGCAGUCGCUGGUGACUGCACGAAAGUUCAUCCACGGUUAGCAUAUUCAACCGAUUUUGGAGGGCAUAUUCUCGGCUCGACUCUCCCUUUGGAUGAAUGUCAGGUUGACGAAAUUGAAGACAUCGAGAAUACUAUCAAUAGUAUUCACAAGGCUAAGGCUGAAGCAAUGCAAGUACGUGCUAUACUUGCCAAGAUUCCGCUUCCGCAGUACCCACCACAAGUAGUUGCCCUUCUGCCCACCACAGGCAAAGAUGAUGCUUGUGGUAUUCAUGAACAGCUCAUGUCACUUCUGCACAUGGCUGCACGCCUUGAGAUACAUAUUAUUUCAUUUGCUGGUGAUGGUGCAGCCUCCGAGCUUCUCUCCCAAUGCAUGAUGGACCAUGAAGCUUCAGUAACAGAACCUUUCACAUACUCUUAUCCAUUGUACGGAAUUCAUCUACAGGCACCAGUUCUCAAAACCGGUCCUCUCAUUUCUAUCAUGGAUCCACCCCACGCACGAAAAACUUGCCGCAAUCAACCACAACAUGGUACUCAUACUGCAAGCCUUGGAGUCAGGUUCCUCGUGAACAAGUCACUCGUUGACUUACAAAAGACAGGAGUGUCUGGUUUGGUGACACGGGAUGUGGUGGACGUUGAUAAAAAAGACGAUGGUGCUGCUCGGCGAAUUUUCCAUGCGACUGCAUUGUUGGCUGCUGUGGAAGAAGGACAACAGUGCACAAUACGAGAUAGUUUUGAGGGUAUAUUUGUGUACCUCUUUGUGUUUGGUCUUCUCUUUGACGCGUGGAUCAGCCGUGAAAUGGACAUCCAAGACCAUGUUCUAUGUGCACUGCGAGCACGUUUCUUCCUCCACAUCUGGAAAGAACAUAUCUCAGCACUAUCCAAAGCCUAUCCUGAUCUAUAUUCGACAUCUCGCUCAUUCAUUUCCAGUCCUUCAUUCCAUAUCUUCAACCACUUGUGUGAUACUCUUGUCUUGCUGGCAUUGAUCUUCACCAAGGAGUAUCCUGACCAGCCAUUUUGUCCUUGGCUUCUUGGCACCGAAUUUGUUGAACACUUCUUUGGUCUUGCACGCAUGCUUUCACCAGACUUCGCAUAUGCAGAGCUUGUC